GGAGCUGGGAUUGUGUAGUACUGGGAGGAAGUGCUAGUAAUUGUGUUCCUCAUGGCUCUUAUUAAUAAUGUCAUACGAGGCCAGCAAUAGGAGCAGCUGCAGACAUGAGCUUCCUGUAGAGGCGGAGGCUUUCCUUCUCAUGCUGCUCAGCAGUCACCAUCCCCAGGUUGCAGGACUGAGCCCCAGCCACUCAGCCCUGUUUUCCCGCUGCCUCCUUUCUCCACCCCACUUCUUGUGUCCCUGCCUUGCCGCUGUGCAGAUCCCUCUGCCUGUGCCUCCUGUAUGGCAGAGCAUUCUCUACCCUCACAUCAUUAAACCUGCUCAUAAACACAACAUCUGGUAAACAAGCAAUGAACUAGGGGGCAGGAGAGAGGUGGGGAUCUGCUCACAGCCAGGCUGCUGCCAUUUGAUGUUUUCCUGUAACAAAAAGCCAGGAGCUGCAGCCCUUUCCAGCAAUGGCCAGCAAUCCCAGAGGCUGAUGACACGCACAGGCUGCACCGGGGACUUCCUCGCUAGUUGCAGAUGGAAGGAUUAUAAAGCUUAUUACCAGCCCCUUCCCAUCAAAUCUGAAGACAGUAUGGAGCAGCCAAUCUCCAUUUCAUCACUGAAGAAACUUGUGGCUAUGCCAGAUCACACCGAUGUAUCACUAAGCCCAGAGGAGCGUGUCCGUGCCCUAAGCAAACUGGGCUGUAACAUCACCAUCAAUGAUGACAUCACGCCCAGGCGCUACUUCCGGUCUGGAGUAGAGAUGGAGAGAAUGGCUUCUGUGUAUUUGGAUGAAGGGAACCUUGAAAAUGCCUUUGUUCUCUACAACAAGUUUAUAGCGUUGUUUGUGGAGAAACUGCCUAACCACCGAGACUACCAGCAAUGUGAAAUCCCAGAAAAACAAGAUAUCUUAAAGAAAUUGAAGGAGGUUGCAUUUCCAAGGACAGAUGACCUUAAGAAAGACCUACUCAAGAAAUAUAGUCUAGAAUAUCAAGAAUACUUGAAAGGCAUAAACAAACGCAAAGCAGAAUGUCUGAAGAAAAUGGAGCAGCAACAGCUCAUAGAGGCAGAAAAGAAGCGCGUGGCACAACUACGGCAGCAGCAAAUAGAGACUGAACAAUUCAGCUUUUUUGAGGACCAGCUCCGGAAACAGGACCUGGUCCGAGACAAGCAUAAAAAUACAGAUAUCACUAAGAAUAAGGUCUCUGAGCAGACUGAUGGCAGCAUAACGUCUUGUUUUCCCUCUUCUAAGCCCCAGUCUGUGACCAAUGCGCUUUCUGGACCAGCCGGAAAGAACGAUGCAGCCAUGUGUGCUGGACAGUCUCCUCCUGUGAAUAGGGUCUUAAAGCCAGCAGCAACUCUAAGUGCCGUACAAAAUGAAAUUGUGGAAGGCCUUCGAUUGGUUGUUCUGCCCAAAGAUCUUUCUCACAAAUUUCUGCAACUGGCGGAUGCAAACACAACUAGGGGGAUUGAAACAUGUGGGAUUCUUUGUGGCAAACUGACCCAUGAUGAAUUCACCAUUACACACGUUAUUGUACCAAAGCAGUCUGCAGGGCCAGACUACUGCGACAUGGAGAAUGUGGAAGAAUUAUUUAAUGUGCAAGACCAGCACAAUCUUCUAACCUUGGGCUGGAUCCAUACGCAUCCAACUCAGACGGCUUUCCUGUCCAGCGUAGAUCUUCACACUCACUGCUCAUACCAGCUCAUGCUACCAGAAGCUAUUGCUAUUGUUUGUUCAGCAAAGCACAAUGACACUGGGAUCUUUCGGCUGACGAACGCUGGUAUGCUGGAAGUGUCUGGGUGUAAAAAGAAAGGGUUUCAUCCACAUAGCAAAGAGCCAAGACAGUUCAGUACUUGCAGACACGUGAUUGUAAAAGAUGCGAAAAUUACCGUGCUGGACCUGAGGUGACCGAGGACAUCUGUUACCUGUCACCGAUUGAUCACUGAACGCCUGCCAGUUUUCUUAGCCCAUUUCCAGGAAUAAUUAGUGGACUUUUUCUAAUUUAUACAUUUUAAAUGUGAUGGCUUCUUAUUUAUUGCUCCUGCGCAUUUUGGAAUUUGUUUACUUUGAAUUCUGUGACCACACAGGCCAUACUAAUUCAUAUAUGUACCAUCUCGUAUAUGUAUGCAAUUAGAUCAGAAGAGCCUGGAAUUAAAGGUACGCUCAAGUUAAUAAGUGUCCUACGUUUUCUUCUGUCAUCUGAGAGAUAAGGUAAACCUGUGUAAUUGUCGAGGUUUAUUAUGUAAAACAGAGUGAUGUCACUGGUUCGUAAGCACUCGAUUGGCUGCCAUCCCAUAAGUACUCAUGCAGGGGACAGAAUGGUUUUCUUCUGUAUGUAGGGGGGGAAAGGGAGGUACAAGUACACUUGACGUAAUGAAUGGUUUUAAUUCUAGCAAUGUCACAAAAAGAAAGUUCCAUUGUAAAUAAAGAGUAUAUUGAAGUA